UUGUCCCUUGUCACCGCCAACCAUUUGCAUACGAUCAUGAUUAACAUAUCAUAUCUGGGAAAAGAAAGAACCGUAUGAUGAUCCUCUUUCCAUUAUUAUGUAUAUAUACUCGGUCAAAACUCAACCAGCACCAAGAAAGAACAUCUCAUCAUUUUUAUUGAAACAUAACAACAAACUUCACGACCCACCAUAACCAGCCUCCUUCAAAAACUUAAAUCUAAUCUUUCUUUAAACAACAAGCUUGAACCAUACAUACCCCACAUUUCCGUCUUUCCUCACACAUUAUUAUUUAUAUUGGGGUUCUCCAUCUACCAUCACCAAAUUAUCCUAAUAUCCUAAUACCUUUCAUAUUUUAUCUUAUCUUUACACCGAUCUUCACAUCACAACUGAAACCACAACUGAAACCACACCUGGAAGAGAAUCCAUACCCAAAAUCAACAUGGCUUUCGCAUAUACCCUCCCUCUCCGCAUCGUCCAAGCGGUCUUCGCUAUCAUCGUCCUCGGUUUAAUGGCCUAUGGUAAGCCUCAAUCCACAUCCUUUUCCACCUUCCCUCCCUCUGAGCUUCACAAAAUUCAAAUUCAAAAAUCCCCAAAAGAAACACCUCACUAACAAAAUCCCAAAAUGUAGCCGCAGACGACUGGUCCUACUGGUGGAGUCCAGACUCCGUAAACUUCCUCGUCUUCGCAGCCGUCUGGACCCUCCUCGCUCUCAUCUACCUCAUCAUUUCCCUACACAUCCGCCGCUCAUAAAUUCGGUAUCCUGUUUGCCGAAGCCGUUACCAUGAUUUUUUGGUUUGCGGGUUUUAUUGCCCUGGCGGUUAUGCUUAAUAAUGUCGGUUGUGGACAUAGUCACUGGAGUGUUUGUCAGGCGAGUAUUGCGGGUGAUGUCUUUGCUGCUUUCUUGUGGUAUGUGUUUUUUCUGUUUUACCCAUUUUUCUUUUUUUUGGACAAGAAUUUGUUGGACUGAUUUAUCUGUUUUAGGUUGUUGUUCUUAGCUACUACUAUUAUGGCUGCAUUGCACGUUUCCCGAAGCAGCAAGAAUAACAGUCAUCAUGAUCCUGCUAUGGAAGUCGCAGUUUAGAUUUCUGUAUUGGUCUGAGAUGAGCUGCUCUGCUCUGCUUAUAUGUAUACAUAAGGUUAUAUAUAUCGGGACUUGAUAGAUUCCUCGCCUCAUCGAUGUAUUCGAUAGUGGAUCCUUAUGGGUUCUUGCGUCACUUCAUCGAUGUAAGUCUUACUUCGGAAAUAAUGGUUAUGAAUGAAAUUUGUGGGAAGAAGGCGUCUGGAUGGAGUUUGGUACUUGAGGAAUAAUUAUGAUUAUGAACUCGGGAUGAAUAUGAAUGGAUGGAUGGGGAGGCGGGGAUGAAUAAAUAAAAUAUGGGGAAAGAAAGAAUGGUAGGAUGGAUGGAUGGAUGGAUGAACGUGGACAAUUAUACCCAAAAUGAAAUUUACUUUGUGUUAUUUAUUUUUCUUGUUACUAGGAGCGGGUUUUAA